UCCAUUUGUCCUCGGAAGUGGAAAGUCCUAGUUCCCCGUAGGAUAGGACUUUUAACGGGAAUGCCCCCUCAAGUUGGCAUAUCUGUGUUUGUUGUACAGCGGAACUAUUCCUCCCGGAACGUUUUAAUCCUCGUUUGUUUUUAAGGGGAAUGUACGUCAGUCGAAACCGCCCCCUUGUUGAUUGUAUAAAGUGUGCUGUGGGGAAAUGGAAGCAGCCCUGUUUGCCCUCCCAUGGAUGCCAGUGAAUAUUGGUGGUUCUGAUCUCCUGGCUAAAGCCUGGUUCGGUGACACACAGUACCGGAUUCUGCUGAGUGACCUGAGCACUGUGUGGGAAGAAGAAAUGAACGCAGACGACAUCCAGAGUCGAGCACAGGAUCUGAAUAAGCGUCUAAGGGCACCAACACAGGCUUUUUUCUCUCAUCUGUGUUCUGUGGCACGGCCUUCUUUCUCCAGCCAAGAUGAUGAUCAGACAUCUGCUGCACACGUUGCUCUUGAAAGGCAUGGAGACAAUCUAACAGUCAAACUCAAAAGUGAGCUGGCUGGGUUGCCGUUCUACUGGGAGUUCCGCUGCACCACAACACCUGUAGCCGUGGUGUGCAGGCAGCUGGUGCGCCCCCUGCUGGCAGUGAGUAGAGUCCUGCAGCGGCAAGUGGAGGAUCUGGCUGCUCUUUUGGCUCAGAAGGAUGCGGAGAUACAGGACUAUCAGGAGAACGGAGCUGUCCUGAGUAGAGCCAGACUACAAACAGAGCCGUUUGACGUGCACCAGUACAGGGAGAACUUCUUCACACAGAUUGUUCCACAGAUGGGUGUGACGCUGGACAGUUUGGGUUUUGACUCAGAGUUGCAGGCCCUGUACAUGGCCGUGAGCUCGGAGAAAACGGGUCAGAAACGUAAACGUUCUCCUGACAGCUGCCCUGCGUUAGAAGACAACGACGUUGCUGAAUAUCACGUACCUGAAAACCUACAAAUCACUGAUUUCCCCACAGGUGUGGCAUCUUCACUGGCUUCUCAAGAACAGAAUUAUGGAUCAUCAGGAAGACCUCUGGUGGCAAACAGUAAACAGACUGUCCCGUUACCUUCAACUGCUGCUGGUUCUGAGGAACGUUCCACCUCACGGGCGAAGAAGAAGAAAGCAGUGGGGCUUUUCCGGUGACAAUUCAUGCCUCUGAAUCAAAUAGCACCACAUAUGGACACUUUUAUUUUCUGAAUGCUUUAUAAACAUUUUUAUUCUUUUUAGGUUGGAUAUAUAAGUGAUUCUGGAAUUUUUAAUGUUGGUUUUUAUUCUGUAUGCCCAUCUUAAAGUUUUUGUGUCUUAAAACUAAUGAAUAAAAUAUUACUUUACUUAAUAGAA